AUGGACACUGGAUCACUGGAAUCAGACCCGGGGAUACCUGUUGUUUCACGCAGUUUUUCCUCAAUUUCAGAUAUCCCUGCCGCUAUUCUGAGAGCUGAACUUGCCCGGCGAAACGAGGUCAGGGACGAGGACGCUGAAAAAGCAACAUGUGGCUCGACAAGAAGCGGUGCUUACAACACACCGGCGCAUGUAAUGGCGCUAUUUCUUAUCCUCGUGUUAAGCACAUUAGCAUGCUCGUUCCCUGUCCUAGCCCGCCGAUUUCCCCGUCUUCCAAUACCACGCCGCUUCCUCUUCAUCUCAAGACAUUUCGGGACUGGUGUCCUGAUCGCUACAGCCUUUGUCCAUUUGCUACCUACGGCGUUCGUUUCUCUUACAGACCCCUGCCUUCCUAGAUUUUGGAGCAAGAGCUAUCGAGCCAUGGCUGGAUUUGUUGCUAUGAUCUCGGUAUUUGUUGUCGUUUGCGUGGAAAUGUUUUUCGCCAUGAAAGGGGCAGGGCACGUGCAUGCAAGCGGCUAUGAUAAUCUGAUCAACGAAGUGGAGCAUGACGAUCCUAGUGGGCUUGAAAAUGACGGGUCUGGCUACUCACGAGUCAAUUGGCAAGAUGGAGCUGACGAUAUACAUCUUGGGAGCAUGCCAGCGGCCAAUCGUCAACAAACAGCACCUGGGUCAGCAUCAAGAAUAUCCGGUGACCACCGCCAACGUAUGAAGGACAUGGAGCCGGACAAGGAAAACGAGGAUGCCGGUCUCGAAGAGCUUGAACCUUACGCAGAUGGAGACUCCAUGCUUAAUGGAAGUGAAUCUCAUCGCCCUGUUCUACCAGUACACCGUCGGCAGACAGAUCCUGGGCUCCCUAAUCCGAAUGCGCAGCGACAGUUGCUACAAUGUCUUCUACUCGAGGCAGGCAUCCUCUUCCACAGCAUCUUUAUUGGAAUGGCAGUCAGCGUCGCUACGGGGGCUUCGUUCGUCGUGCUCCUCGUCGCCAUUUCUUUCCACCAAACCUUUGAAGGAUUCGCUCUUGGGUCACGCAUUGCCUCGCUUAUUCCAGAUCUGUUUUCGCCAACCUCCAUGAAACCAUGGCUUAUGUGUCUCGCGUACGGGACCACGACUCCCAUUGGCCAAGCUAUCGGGUUGUUUAUGCAUAAUCUCUACGAUCCCGCGAGUACAGCAGGUCUACUCAUGGUGGGUAUAACGAAUGCAAUCAGCAGCGGUCUCUUGCUUUUUGCUGGCUUGGUAGAACUUCUCGCUGAAGAUUUCCUAAGCGAGUCAAGCUACGAAACUCUGAGAGGCAAGCGGCGCAUUGAAGCUUGCAUUGCAGUUGCAAGUGGAGCUUUAUUGAUGGCGUUAGUUGGUGCUUUUGCGUAA